AUGGUUGUACGAGGUCCAAAUGGGCAAUUCCUUAUGGCAGCUUCAAAGCGAAUUCCUGGUCGCUGGUCGGUUGAAGAGGCAGAAACCAUUGCAGCAGAGUUUGGAGUGCAGCUUGCGAAGCAACAUCAUCUUAUGAAUCCUAUUUUGGAGACCGACAGCCUCGGCCUUGUUACAAAACUCCAUGAAGCGGAACUGAUCGAGUCGGAGACAGGGAUCCGGUGCAGAAGCAUUCGCCGCAUUCUUGAAGACCUGGGACUGAAUUCCUGGCAGCAUGUUCGCCGUGAAGGAAAUGCUGCUGCCCACCGAAUGGCACAAGCAGAGACGCGGUGGAACGAACAGAUUGUUUGGUUUGAUAAUAGGCCUCCUCCGUUUUUAGUUAACCAAUUAACGCUGGACGCUGUAACCGCUUAUAUUGGUUAA